AUGUCGAUAUCGACAUGGCAGCUAUUGUACUUGGAUGCUUUGAAGAAUGCACCUCCCAAGGAUGAGCCGCAGCCAUUAGCAAACAAAAAGUCGACUAUGUUGGGUAUCACAAUCACUUUCUUGACCGUGGCAUGGUGUGCUGUUUUCUUUCGUUUCUACGUCCGCAUCAAAAUCGUAAAGAAACUGGGUUGGGAUGAUGCCUUUGUUCUUCUUGCUCAGCUCUAUUACCUCGAAGUCGCAGUAUAUGUCACCAACUGUGGAGUUAUCAAACUGGCCCUACUUUUUCAAUAUCUUCGCAUCUUCAAGGCUGGAAAGAUGCGAUAUGUUUGUAUCGGCCUACUGGUCGUGGUCUCGCUUUGGUGCAUUGGCUUUUCCAUCACGGCAUGGUUCCCUUGCUUCCCCAUUUCCGGCUACUGGAAUCGCGCCCUCAACCCCAAGUGCUACGGUUAUGGUCUUGACAAUCUCGACACCUUCAUCGGUAUGUACAUAUCUCAAGCAGCCACCAACAUGGUGCUGGAUAUGGCCAUCUUCAUGACCCCGAUGGUCUUGUUCCGAACACCAAACUUACGGAUGAAAAAUGUGUUGGCAAUGACCGGUGUCUUCACAUUUGGCGCGGUUGUUGUUGGAACUUCCGUCUACCGUCUACAUGGCAUUAUCAUCACACGGGGCGCGACCUAUCCAUACGUCGACUGGACAUGGUGGGCACCCAUCAUGAUUGUACUCUCCUGUUCGGAGAUUGACCUUGCCAUCAUCUGCGCCUCCAUGCCUAUUUUCUGGCCAAUCAUCGAAAAGUCGUUCCAUGCCAUCUUUGUCAGCUACGAAGUCGAAGUCGUAGAGGAGCGUAUCGACUACAGCGCCCAAUACGAGCUGCACGACAAGGACCUUGAAAGGACAGCCAGCAUGAAGAGCAAUGGGACGAGCACACGAGAAUUAACAUACGAUGAAGAACACGGACAUGCACGGGGACCAGAGUUUACGGUGGGCAUUGAUCCGACCAACGAGCAAGCAAGAACACAGGGUUUUGUCGCAAAUGUGGAAACACGGAGCCCACCAAAAUGGCAGUUGUAG